ACCGGUGCAGAAAAAAGGAGGAGCACUCAGAGGUGACCGUGGCUAGGUUUUGCGAUUUUAGGCACCGCGGUCUCGGAGUCAUGGAGUACACCAGGUCACCUAAACCUCAGCUCUCCUCCCGUGCGAACGCUUUCUCAAUUGCAGCGCUCAUGUCAAGCGGAAAUCCCAAAGAGAAAGAAAGCCCCGAAAACACCCUUAAGCCUCUGGAGCAAUUUGUGGAGAAAUCAUCUUGUUCUCAGCCUCUGAGUGAUUUGCCAAACUUGGACACUCAUGGGGAUUUCAGCAGCAGUAGCAGCCCUUCCUCUCUCUGCACAGAGCCACUAAUCCCCACCACCCCAGUUAUCCCUAGUGAGGAGAUGGCUAAGAUCUCCUGCAAUUUGGAAACCAAAGAGCUUUGGGACAAAUUCCAUGAACUAGGGACUGAGAUGAUAAUCACAAAAUCAGGAAGAAGAAUGUUUCCAACCAUUAGGGUUUCCUUUUCUGGCGUGGAUCUAGAAGCCAAGUUCAUUGUGCUCAUGGAUAUAGUUCCAGUGGACAAUAAGAGAUACAGAUAUGCCUACCAUAGAUCUUCCUGGCUGGUUGCUGGCAAAGCAGACCCCCCUCUGCCUGCAAGGCUAUAUGUGCAUCCAGAUUCUCCAUUUACUGGGGAACAAUUGCUGAAACAGAUGGUAUCCUUUGAAAAAGUGAAACUCACAAACAAUGAGCUGGAUCAGCAUGGUCAUAUAAUAUUGAAUUCUAUGCACAAAUAUCAACCUAGAGUGCAUAUCAUCAAAAAGAAGGAUCACACAGCCUCCUUGCUUAACUUGAAAUCUGAAGAGUUCAGGACAUUUAUAUUCCCAGAGACAGUGUUUACAGCUGUCACUGCCUACCAAAACCAACUGAUAACCAAGCUGAAAAUUGACAGCAACCCUUUUGCUAAAGGAUUCAGGGAUUCUUCCAGACUCACAGAUAUUGAGAGAGAAAGUGUAGAGAGUCUUAUACAAAAGCAUUCCUAUGCUCGAUCCCCCAUCAGAACCUAUGGAGGAGAAGAUGAAAUUCUGGGAAAUGAUAACCAAACAACACAAAGCCGAGGAUCAGCUUUUACAUCUGAUAAUUUAUCCCUCAGUUCCUGGGUCUCAUCCUCUUCAAAUUUUCCUGGAUUUCAACAUCCACAGUCCUUGACUACUCUUGGUUCCAGCAGUGCCUCAAUAGCCACUCCAAUUCCUCAUCCAAUUCAAGGAUCACUGCCUCCAUUUAGCCGCCUGGGAAUGCCUUUGACACCUUCUGCCAUUGCUAGUUCAAUGCAGGGAAGUGGCCCCACAUUCCCAUCUUUCCAUGUGCCCAGAUAUCACCAUUAUUUUCAGCAAGGGCCUUAUGCAGCAAUUCAGGGACUACGUCAUUCUUCAGCAGUGAUGACACCUUUUGUAUAACUGACCCAAAGCCAAGGAAAGGCAAGGAUAGGCACAGAAAGAAUGAUGGACAUAUUGUAAAGAGCUGAGAAAAAACAUUGUAAGAAUUGAAUAGGAAAACUAGCUUGCAUG